UUAGUAGGUACAUAGUAGGUUAGGUUAGGUACUCACUUAGGUAAACCCAUGUAAUUGGAGAUUGGAGGUCAAGAUAUGUAAUAAAUAAUAAAUAUAUUCUCAGUUCGCUUUAUAAGUCCACCUCACAAUCUUCAAUAUCGAUAUCACCAGUUUGGAAGGCUCUCAGAGCCAAUUAGCGUUAUAAAAUAUUCAUAUCGCCCAAGAUGAAAGCCAUCCUACAGCGUGUUCUAUCCGCUUCCGUAACGGUAGAAAAGGAGGUCGUGUCGUCCAUCGGAAAGGGUGUCUUGGUCUUCGCUGCAGUGGCCCCCGGCGAUACGGAAAAAGAAGCAGACUCCCUAGCAGCCAAAGUGUUAAAGCUGAAGCUGUGGGACGACGAUGCGGGGGGAAGAUGGAAAAAGAGCGUGAUGGAUAUCGGUGGUGAGGUCCUGUGCGUGUCCCAGUUUACCCUACUUGCCUCUACUAAGAAGGGCAAUAAGCCCGACUUCCACGGAGCGAUGGGAGGAGAGGAGGCCAAGAGGCUCUACGAUUACUUUUUCCAAAAGGUCCAACAAGGUUACGCGGCCGAUAAAGUAAAAAACGGAGUGUUCCAGGCUAUGAUGGAAGUUGCUUUGAUAAACGAUGGCCCUGUCACGUUGGAACUAUCAGCUGGUCAAAAACCUACGUCGGUGCAAGCACCAGCACUAGCACCAGCACCAACUCUAAAUCAACAAUAAGGA